GCCGUGGUGCGACCGCCGCGAGGACCCCGUCAGAGUUCCCGACGACGGCAACCCAGACGACAGUGUUUAAAAAUUUUCUGGCAUGGGCACGAAGAGUUCAUUUGUCAUAUUUCGUCUGGUUUACGACGGCCAUGGUUCAACUCAUGGCGUCACAACAACGAGGCCUGUUUCCCUGGCAACGGCCCCACGCCGUUCGCCUUCGCCCCGCACACCCUCUCCGUCACGAGGAUGGAGCGUCCGAAGGAGAAGGACUGCAUCGGGCCGACGGCGGAGGAAGUGGCCAAGUGCAGUCGCAUCGAGGUGGUCCCCGAGCCCCCCGUGCGCCACUUCCGGCGCUGCGUGCGCCCCAACCAGGUGGCCGGGGACGCCGUGGACCGCCGCUUCGUGGACACCAAGUGGAUCCUCAACAGCGACGGCCCGGCCGCGGAGGACCACUUCCUCACCACCCACCAGCACUUCUUCGCCAAGCCCGGCACCUGCCCGCAGCCCCUGUCCAGGCGCGCGCGCCUGCUGUGGCACUACCUGCUGCACCGGCACGGCCUCAAGGUGAGCCAAGAGGCGCUGGCCCCGCCCGAGGUGGAGCCCUACGUCACCGAGUACACGGGCCAGUACGCCAGGGACGACUUCACGCCGGCCCUGGAGGCGGACCUGCGCCGGGCGGACCAGCCCGUCAGCGAGGUGGACGCCAGGCACCCGCUGUACGAGGACCCGGCCGUCUCGUACUGGUACCAGAAGCAGAUGCUGCCGCCGCGCGGCGCGUGCUGGGACGGCGUGACGGCGCGCGAGGCCCACGACGUGGCGCAGCCCUUCCGGCGCAACGCGCUCUUCACCACCCCCGUGGACGUCGCGCUGCACGAGCCCCCCCUAACAGGAAUAUAUUGGUUUAAGAAGUCCUCUUAA